CGCGGAGCCCGGGCAACCGCCCGGCGCGGCGCGGGGUUGUUGUGAGGGGCCGGUUGUAGGGCGGUGGCGGGCAGGGGGUCCCGGUCCGGUACCGCCGGGCCUCGCUGCCACCAGCGUCCAGGCGAUCGCCCUCGGCCCGACCAGCGCUCCCGUCCCGUGAUGUUCAUCAGCGGUGAGGCCUCGUCCCCCGCCGUGCCGCCUCUCAGGAGGGUCUCGCCGUGACCGUGUUUGUGUGCCCGCAGGACGGCCGGGGCAGCCCCGGUGCACGGCCUGGCCGUAGGACGCGCUAGCAGAGCGGAGCCUCGCCGGGAGGAGAAAGGCGCUGCCCGCCCGAGAGGCGCCGCGCUGAGCCAUGGCCGUGGCCGUCACCACGAAGACGGCAUGGAAGCUGCAAGAAAUCAUGGCCCACAGCAGCAAUGUGUCCUCAGUAGUCCUGGGAAAAGGUUCAGGCCGGAUGCUGGCCACUGGAGGUGAUGACUGUCGGGUCAACAUAUGGUCAGUUAGCAAGCCCAACUGCAUCAUGAGCUUGACUGGCCACACAACCCCCAUCGAGAGCCUACAGGUCAACCCAAAUGAGAAGCUCAUAGUUGCAGGGUCCCGGUCAGGAUCCAUUCGAGUUUGGGACCUGGAAGCUGCCAAAGUUCUUCGUACCUUACCAGGUCACAAAGCAAAUAUCUGCAGCCUUCAUUUCCAUCCUUUUGGAAGCUUUGUGGCAUCUGGCUCCUUGGACACCAACAUUAAGCUCUGGGAUGUAAGAAGAAAAGGCUGUAUCUUCACAUUCAAGGGUCACACAGAAGCAGUUCGGUGUCUCCGCUUUAGCCCUGAUGGGAAAUGGGUGGCCUCUGCUGCUGAUGAUCACACUGUAAAGCUGUGGGAUCUGACUGCUGGGAAGUUAAUGUUUGAGUUUACAGGACACACUGGCCCAGUAAACGUUGUUGAAUUCCAUCCCAAUGAAUACCUUUUGGCUUCUGGCAGCUCUGACAGGACUGUUCGGUUCUGGGACUUGGAGAAGUUUCAAGUUGUGAGCUGUAUUGAAGAGGAAGCUACUCCUGUCAGGUGUGUGCUCUUCAACCCAGAUGGCUGCUGCUUGUACAGCGGCUUCCAGGAUUCGCUGCGUGUGUACGGCUGGGAGCCAGAGCGCUGUUUUGAUGUGGUCUUGGUGAACUGGGGAAAAGUAGCUGACUUGUCUAUCAGCAACAACCAGCUGAUAGGCGUUUCCUUUGCACAAAGCACAGUCUCUUCCUUCGUUGUGGAUCUCAGCAGAGUCCCAAAGUCAGAUUCUAUUCCUCAUGGGUUGAUCAGGGACGACCAGCCUCUUGUGCCACCUACCCCCACAGGGUCCUCCCUUCGCCGCAUCUAUGACAGGCCCUCAACGAGCUGCAGCAAGCCACAGAGCAGAGUGAAGCACAAUUCGGAGAGUGAGAGGCACAGUCCUAGCAGUGAAGAUGACCGGGAUGAGAAGGAAUCAAAGGCUGAGAUCCAGAACCAGGAGGAUUACAAAGAGAUCUUCCAGCCCAAGAAUGCGAUCUGCCGAACUCCUCCUCGAAAUGAGCCCUUUCCAGCCCCUCCUGAGGAUGAGCCUGGAACUGCAAAGGAAGCAGUGAAGCCCAGCCAAGCUGCGGAUGUCCAGACCUCGUUGCCAAAGCAAGAGCUCCCUGAUCCAGUCCAGAGGCCAGCGAUUGCCUCCUCAACUUCUUUGAGCAGAACAGAGCCAUCAGUGAUUCCGGCAGCCAGGAAUGAGCCCAUUGGCCUGAAGGCCUCUGACUUUCUCCCAGCUGUGAAAAACCAAAGCCAGACGGAGCUGGUGGAUGAGGAAGCCAUGUCCCAGAUCAGGAAAGGCCACGAGACCAUGUGUGUGGUGCUCACCAGCCGCCACAAGAACCUGGACACCGUGCGGGCUGUAUGGAGCACCAGUGACAUCAAGAACUCUCUGGACUCUGCAGUGGCAAUCAAUGAUCUGUCUGUUGUCGUGGAUCUCUUGAAUAUUGUCAACCAAAAAGCGUCUCUCUGGAAGCUGGAUUUGUGUACUAUAGUCCUGCCGCAGAUAGAAAAACUGCUCCAAAGCAAAUACGAAAGUUACGUGCAGACUGGCUGCACAUCCCUGAAGCUCAUUCUCCAGAGAUUCCUGCCACUCAUCACAGACAUCCUUGCUGCACCACCUUCUGUUGGAGUGGACAUCAGCAGAGAGGAAAGGCUUCACAAAUGCAAGUUGUGCUACAAGCAGCUGAAAAACAUCAGCAAUGUUGUUAAGAACAAGUCUGGGCUCAGCGGCCGCCAUGGUAGUGCCUUUCGGGAACUGCUUCUCCUCAUGGCUGUCCUGGACUAACAGCCACCACCUCCUCAUGUACAAAUACAGGUGGCCAAGCUUCCCCUGCUCGUGGUCUGGCUGGAUUUCAGAUCUCUCCGUGUGUCCGUCUUUUCCCCCUGCCCCUCUCCAGCAUGGUAGGGAAAUGGAAUCUGCCUGGCUGGUCGCCCAGCCAGCCCUGGUGCCUUACGGGCUGGAUGGAGGACCCGAGUGGAGAGACGUGUGUGCUGUGUGAGGGGCCCUGGCGGGUGGAGGACCCCACAAAGCCCUGUAGGGAAGCUGCUUCAUUUCAGCUCUUCAUCUCAGCAUCAAGCUCUGGGCUGCUCUGUGUGCUGGCCUGUCCCUGCAGGAGGGCUCUGAGCCUGCUGUCACCCCUCCUUCCCGCUUGUGCUGUCGGUUCUUGUUGCUUGGCCCUGUGGGCCAGGGCCGUGCUCUUGCUGUGCAGCUGCUGAGGACUGCAGCCACCGCCCCACAAACGCCUGCUGUGGGGUGGAUGCCCUUUCCAUGCAGAAGGGACUUCAACUGCCAUGGGGGACCAGCCCCUUUGGCUUCAUCUGACAUGGGCAAGGACACUGUGCCACUGUGCCGGUGCAUCUCAAGGACCUGAACCAAGAGACUUUCUCUUGGCUUCUCAGACAUCCCUGCUGGCACCCAGGGCUGCAGAAGAUCAGUAUCUUCAGACUCUGCUUGGAUCUGAGGUCUACCUGGACCUGUUAAAAUAUGUGACUUAAACAGGACUCGUCAUAUGUGUUUGCCUUUGGGGGUGAGGAUUUGGAAGGGUGGAGGAACAGAGGGACAUGGACUGAUUUAUGUCUUUCUACAUCCACUGGACCAUUCUUAGAGGUUUGGUUUUGUUUUUUUUUCCCCCAAUAAAUGUCUGUCAGAACCUUUCUGUCCCUCUUUCUUCUUUCCUCUGGGGAAAGAGGUUCCUGUUGGUGCUUUCCCUGCUCUUCCCAGCCUGUCUCCCAUUUUAUACACUGGAGCCUGUUCUCCAGGAAUCUGUAACUUAUAAUGAAUUUUAUUAAAAUAUUUGUAAUUUUUUUUAAA